CCAAAAGCCAAGAAAUUCAUCAGCUUUGGUGCAGAUAUAGAAAUCGCCAUUGAUAGAUCUGAUCCAACGGAGUUUGCAUUGGUGCUGCAGCCCAGGUGGAACAAGGCUCUCCUGGAGGUUUUCCGGGUGGACUACGUGGGGACGUCACCGUACAUCACCUGCCGGCCAUACCUCCGGCACCACCAGCUUGAGUCGCGAGACAAGUUCAUGAUCCUCUCCUCCGACGGCCUCUACGAUUACUUCACCAACGAGGAGGUGGUGGCGCAGGUGGAGGCGUUCACCGCCAGGUACCCCGACGAAGACCCCGCCAAGUACCUCAGCCACGAGAUCCUCCUCCGCGCCGCCAACCAAGCCGGUGAGCGUGUAGCGCGCAUCAUAUAUAUAUACCCUUCAUUAAUCCGGCCGGAGUAA